GAAUGAUUGUGAAGAACUUAUAAUUCACAAAAAACCAACCUUUAUGCUCCUUCUAAAGCUUGUUAGCUUGUUAGAAGCUAAACAGUCUAAAUUAUGCAUAUUAGUUGCUUUAUGCCUUAAAAUGUUUUCUUUAAAAACACAAAACCAGAGACAUCAAAUAUUACUUGAACAUUCUCAGACUAAUAAUAAUAUCUCAAAUAUAUUGAAGUAUCAGAAAAACAUUUCUGAAAGCAAAGCCUAUAUUAAAAUUAUUCAGACUAUGAAUAUUUUGCUUACACAGUCUGAAUACCAGCAGAAACAUAAGCAAACAGUUGAAGGAAUUACUAUUGCACAGGAGGUUUCAUCUAAAUUUCUUGAGUUUGUCCUAAGAAACAAUACUAGUAAUCAAAAUGGCACUCCAGGAGAAGUAUUAUUGCCAGAACAGCUAUCAACUGCCAAUAUCUACAGUCUUAUUGAUUUGACUGAUAUUGAAAGAUGGACUUGGAAAGAAUCAUCUCAAGCCUAUUGGUUUAUAAAUCUUCUUAACAAGUAUUAUGAAUCUGGAAUGCUUUCCUCUGUCUAUGAAGCUAAAAUUAUAGCUUUAAUUGGCAAGCUAUUGUGUUUGAAAUGGCCCAAAGCUGAAUAUGACCAAAUUUACCCAAUGCUCUUCUCUUCAUUAGCUUCUAAACUGGAGCCUGUCAAUGCAGGAGCAACAUAUUCAACUCUUGUGAAAGUGCUUAAUCAUAGUCUAUCAACUGAUCCAUCUUGUUUACUUUUGCAAUUGUUUAUCAGUUUGGGAGUACAUGAGAAAGUACUAGAAUCAUUACCUGCAGCUUCAACUUUGGAUCGUUUACCCUGGCUUGAUUUUUGUAGCUCAAUGCAGAAGGAGUUAUACAAGUCAAACUUUACAGAUGAGCAGAAAGUAGCUUGGAGUAAAAUACUCACAGUUGCAGAACAAGUAAACAAUUCUACCAUUGCUUAGUGGUAUUUCGACAAUGAACCAGUGGCCCAGAGACCAAGCAAAAGACAGCUUCAUAUGGUUGGAAGUACAGAUGUAGUAUAAGCU